AUAGAAUUACUCCCCGGAGACGUCCGAGAUGACACACGCAGGGUGUUGUGGUAAGACUUCGGUCUUCGUCAAGGUAUCAGCUUUCUUGUUUCUCUUUGCCUUUGUCCUCCUCCUGCUGGGGUUCGGGACGCCACUAUGGAGUACAAGAGGAGGUCAGAACGAAGGACUCUGGGAGAGGUGCACCGGGAGCCUCUGUGUCUCAACCCUCGAUGAUCCGCUUGGAGAUCAAGAUUGGUUUGUGGCCGUGCAAGCACUUGUAACGAUUGGCUUGAUCCUUGGUCUGGCCGGAGUCAUACUAUCGUUCAUCAUCAUGUUUGACGUCGCAUGUGCACACAAAAAGGCAAUCCGGAUUGCAGCCAUCGUUCACGCCUUUGCACCAGCUGCCUUGCUGUUGUGCGGUGUGUUUGUCUACUGGAUCAGAGGCGAGAUCUAUUUCGCCGUCUUCUAUCUGGGGUUCUCCUGGGGGAUCACUCUUAGUGCCGCAAUCGUCUUCGUCGUCGCUGGCAUCCUCCUCUCCGUCGACCUCGACCGCAUCCACAACGAUCACGAUGAAGAAGCUGCCGACAUGCCAGAAGCGCACCCUGAAGCAGCAACUACACCUGAACAUGCCUAGACCACAACAGGGUCAAGGUCACGCUGUAGCCAGCACGUCAAUGAAACGAAGGCGUAUCAUACGCUGAUGUAUAUCUGUCUAUUAAACUAAUUUUAUAUC